GUUCAACACUCAACAUCCACCUUUUUUCAACGCCGCAUCUCUCAAAACAACCGUCCCUUUCUCGUCACCUUCAAACACCGCCGUCUACGGCAGCCUCGUCAUCUCCAAGCGCCGCGACCCCUUGAUAAAUAGCUUGGCUUCCGCCUUAUCUCCCCGGUCACAAGACAUUACCUUCUCCCCAACAACUCCUCCAACCUCCUCGCACAUCUCACGCUCAGCGCACUCCUCUCACCUCUCACCUCUCACAUAUUCAACAUGCCUUCCACAUUAAUGUCCCGAUCCGCCUCUCCAGAGCUGCCUGAAUCCGCCGACACCAUGCAGAUCUUCGUCAAGAAUGUGACUGGUGACACAAUCCCCAUGACCGUACCGCAAGACCUGUCCAUACAAAACCUCACCACCCUCCUCUCCGUCCGAACCUCGCGCCCCGAAACAGACCUCCGCCUCGUCUACGCAGGCAAGCACCUCUCGCCCUCAAGUACCCUCUCCGACCACCACAUCCAGCGGGAAUCCACCCUCCACCUCGCCUUCCCCCUCCGCGGCGGCAUGCCUCCCAAGAAGAUCCGCUGCACGUACAAGGACUGUAGGGAAGGCGCCCAGAGGAUUAUCGGCGACUGCGGCUUCUGCAACGGCCACUACUGUGGCAAGCACCGGUUGCUCGAGGACCACAAGUGCGACGGCUUGGAAGACUGCAAGAAGGAGUCGCACGAUCGGAACGCCGCGCAACUUAAUGCCGAGCGCACGCAGGUUAUCAAGGGCAUCUAGUUAGUUGGCCCGCACAUCGUUCUUGUAGAUCUGGGACAUUGGGGCGUUUGUUCGAUGGGCAUCAAAUCAUCAUGUAUU